CCCAUUGGAGCACACUUGUUAAGUUUCCAUGGCUUGCAAUUUUACACUAUAUGCCAUGUUAAAGCGUGAAGAUGAUAAAUCUACCGCAGUUGUCAUUGGAAAUCCCCGUUCAACUGAUUUUGAGGUUGUCCGAACCAGUCUUAUGCCUGGUCUUUUGAAAAUUGUUGGACAUAAUAAGGAUCACCCAAAGCCCAUAAAGAUAUUUGAAGUUGGUGAUGUAUCAUUGCUGGCGCUAGAAAUCAUCGUUAUCUUGCUGCUCUAUAAUUCUGGAUUUGAAUUGAUUCAUGGUUUGGUUGACCGAAUGAUGGAAGUCGUGGGAGCUCCUUUUGUCUCAGUUGGCGAUGAUACUGGGUAUUACAUAAAAUGUUCAGAUAACCCGGAGUUUCUUACUGGUAGACAAGCUCACAUCAUUUAUAAAGGAAAGAAAAUUGGCACUUUCGGAAUUGUUCAUCCCGAGGUUUUGGAGAACUUUGACAUUCCCGAUCCAUGUUCCUUAGUUGAAGUUAACAUGGAGAGCUUUUUAUAGCAUUGAUUCCACAGUCGAUGAUACGAGUAUGCUUUCUUGGUUGCUGUAGGUUUUGAGGUUUUUCUCAGCUAACUCUCUUCCAAACAACACACGUUCUGUGUUUCGAGAACUCGAAGGCUGUCUCGCUUCAACUUUUAAUCCCUCAUCUAAAGAACCACACUCAGAAACUUUGGCCAUUUGUGGUGUAAUUGUAUGCCAAAACGUUGGUUCACUCUCCAUUAAAGUUUUUAACAUUCAUUGUCAUGAUUUCAGGCAGACUAAUUUUUGGUAUUUAAUAUACAACGGUCUAUAUUUCUUCA